AUGACCCUCUGUAGGAAGGGACCAGCAAAGAACAGCAGGACGCAACGUCUCCAUGCCGCCGGCCGUAAGACGCUUGCAAUGUCCGUUAUCGUAGAGGAACCAGCGAAUAUGCGUGAGUCACGUCUUAGCGAAUGGGAAAAACAUCCGGACGAUAUUCAACCCAACAACGACAGCUUUAUCGAGGAGAUGAAGGAACGACCUCGAAGGUCCACACAAGAUUGCAAUGCCCUCGUACCGUCAGAUCAAGAGUCCAAGUCAAAGUCCGGGUCAGUUUCCAGCUCAACGUCAACGACCUCCUCAUCAUCGGACGAGUACCACAACUCGAAGACUUUACAAAAUCAAUUGCAAAGUCCUUGUGCAGGUCCCCCAUCGAACCAGUCAUCCAAUUCUCGUGCAGGUUCCCCAUUAAACCAGUCAUCUGAUUCUCGUACAAGAUAUCGCGAGACGUUGGAUAAAUAUGCACGAACCCGUCGCUCCAUCCCAUCGCGCUCGGAAUUACGUUUCAAUUCGUCCAACUUCUCGUCCUUAGAGGAAGAACAAGAACGGUAUGACUAUUAUGGGAGACCGUCUCGUCGAAAUACAACCUUACAGUCUAGCGACACUGACUUAAACACUUUAUCGAUUUGUCAGUCAAAGGCGUCUGCUACAUCCAAGGGUGAACGUUAUCAGUCACCGUUGUACAAUUCACCGGAUGAAAGGCCUCGGUCAAAAUCGUCUGCGAGACUAAACUUCAUUCUUUCGUCUUCUUCUAACGACAAGUAUGAGUGUCGCUGGAGGAAAGAGUUUUGUCACGCAUCACAAUCACGUUCGAGAUCACAAGAAAGAUGUCGUUCCGUGUCCUCCUCAUCAUUCGAAGUCCAUGGAAAGUGCCAGAUGCCGCCGUUCCGAAGACCGAGCUGUCCGGUCGGGGACGAUAUCCCGAGUUCAUACUCAAGCUCUGAACAAACCUCCGCUGAAGAGCGAGUGCAUCAUGGUAUGCCGUCUCAUGAUUUUGAAGCUACGAGUCCUGGCCGCGCAAACUCGUUCUCACCGCCGAACUCGCUUGCAUCUUUCUCUGAGAACGAAUCUGUCGAAGAUCGUCGGCUACGAGCAUUUAAAGAUGCGAGUCCUCUCCCGCUACAGCGUUCGGCGUCAAGCAGCUACCCUGAUGGACAAUGUCAACUCGCUUCAUGUUCGGAAUCAAAUUUGCCUGCCACGCUGAACUCGAAGGUGCUGUCUUUUGUGAAGCCAUCAUCAAGAGACAAGCUGCAGCCAUCAUCUCGUUUGUUGUCGAGCCCACGAGAUUCACCACGUAUGCGAUCAACUGUGCUUUUAACCAAGAAGUCACCAACAGCCGCUUCUAGUGGAGAUCCGAUUCCCUCUCGUUCACCGACAGCAUCAAUUUUUCCUGCAAUUGCGUCCGAAUACCAGCUUCGGAUAAGUGCUCCCGAGGCACCCCUGCGCCUACGCCAUUACGAGGGCAGGUUUUUGAACAGACGAAAUCAGACGCUGUUCUACUUUUCCCUCUUUCCGCCGGAGAAGAUGCCACUGCGCGGCGUUGUGCUUUAUUUGCAUGGUCUUGGUGACCACUGCCGCCGAAACGUAAACAUGUACGAGCGUUUGUGCAGAGAAGGCUUUGGUGUGAUUACUUACGAUUUGCUCAAUCACGGUGUGAGCGACCUUGAUCAGCAAAGGACGCGCGCGCACAUCAGUGACUUUACUCAUCUCGUGGAGGAUACGAACGACUUUAUCACGUUUGUGAAGCGUUCACUCUACACGGAUGCGCUUCGAUAUUGGCGAAAGCAUCACCAGCGUUACCACUUUCACGGCCAAGAGAGCGACCCUGACAUGGCCUUGCUUCCUGAAUUGCCCCUGAUCGUUGCAGGUACUUCCUUUGGCUCAUUAAUCGGCAUUCACACUAUUUUAUCAGGAGAGCACCACUUCCACGCUGCUGUUUGGGGUUCGCCUACCAUUGGCGUAACCUGGAACCCACUGCUUUGGGCAGAAUCAAAGCUAGCAAAACCGUUGGCGGCAGUUAUGCCGACGGCGAAGCUAGUGCCUGCUAUUCAUUACGAUCUACUUUGCCGUGAUCCAAAGUUUUUAAGGAGGUUCAAAGCAGACCCGCUAACUUCCAUGGACAUGAUGACGACGCGAACUGGGCACGAAUCACUGCAGGCUAUGAUUAAGCUGCAGGAAGACGAGCGCAUAACAGACCCCAGUAGCGCAUUUUGCGCGGUCCCGAUGCUUUUUCUCGCAGGAUCCGCUGAUGGUAUCUCCGACCAGCAGGCGGCUGUUAAAUUCUUUACUACGAUGGGGAAUUUUGACAAGGAAUUUAAACUAUUUGACGGUCUAUUUCACUUGGUGUAUGAAGAGCCUGAAAAAGAAAGUGUCUUCAGGCAUCUUAUCCAGUGGUUGCACCGUCGGUUCCCUGAUGACUAG